UCAAAAAUAUAUAUAUUAUUUUCUUUAGCUGUUCGUGGCGCCUUGUUAUCUGGCGUUCGGCCGUCACUUGAACACGCCAAUGGUCGGCGUGAUGACCUCGAGUUUUCACGACUGGUUAAGCACCUUCGUGGGAAAUCCUCAUAAUCCGUCGUUCAUGCCCGGCAUAUUUACCCCGUUCGGGACGCGUAUGACCUUUUGGGAGAGGCUGUUGAAUACCUACAUCUCGGCGGCGGUCACCAGCCAGAUUAACUACUACAUGUCUCAGCAGGUGAGCUACGUGAAGAAAUACUUCAACAUGGACACAAGCAUCGAGGAUUUGUACCAAGAUCUCGCGGCGAUCCUCGUCAACUCGCAUCACAGCAUAAACGGAGUGAAACCGUUCACUCAAGGGAUAAUCGAGGUCGGAGGCCUGCACGUGAAGAACGACGCCGAUCCAUUAACGCCGGAGGUGCAAAAAUGGUUGGACGAGAGCACGCACGGUUGCAUAUUCUUCACGUUCGGAUCUAUGAUGAGAAUCGAGUCGUUCCCCAAACCAGUUUUGCAAACUUUCUACAAAGUUUUCGAAAAGCUCGCGCCCGUUCGAGUGUUGAUGAAGGUCGCGAAGAAGGAGGAGUUGCUACCCGGCUUGCCAAAGAACGUCAUGAUCCAGCCCUGGUUCUCCCAAGUGUCUGUUUUCAAGCACAAGAAUGUCAAAGCUUUUAUCACGCAUGGAGGCCUAAUGGGUACUAUGGAAGCGAUCUAUUAUGCCAUUCCUAUGGUCGGCAUUCCACUGUUCGGUGACCAGAAGACGAAUAUAGCAAACGGAGUGAGUAAGAACAUAGCCGUGACAUUAAACUCGAUCGAGAAUGUUACAGAGGAAACACUGUCCGCUGCUAUUAACGCUGUCUUGUACGAUAAAACGUAUAGGACUAGCAUAAACAAGAUAUCACAGUUAUUUAAGGAUAGACCGAUGACCGCGAUAGAUACCGCAGUUUAUUGGGUGGAAUAUGUUGCGAGGAAUGGAUACGUGCUGCAGUCACCGGCCAUUCAUCUCACCUGGUAUCAACAGUACCUUCUGGACGUAUACGCAUUCGUACUCGUUUGCCUAACAAUCGUGCUUUACAUUGCGAUACGCCUGAUUAAAGCCGUGAAGAAUUAUUUCACGAGGUCAAGUUCGAAUAAGGUCAAGCGACCAUCCGAGUCGAAGAAGAGGAAAUGAACUUUUUAACAGGGACUGUGUGAGCGUGUGUGUAGAGUAUUUAAAUGAAACGGCUCCUAAUGAGCCAAUUUUGUACGAUCUUAUGAGUAGAAUGUGCCUAAUUUCUUUAAUAAGACAGUAUUUAUACGAAACACUCAGUGUACAAAUAUACCUCCAAAACAAUUAUAACUGUGGUCAUUAAA